AUUUUUAGACCGAGUAAACAUUUUAUCGUUUCAAAUGAAACACGCGACCAUCAGGCCACUUUUGAUGAAGUUCACAACGGAAGGGCAACCAACUAAACCGGGAAUUAGAAGGGUGAAUUUGCGGGCAGAGAUCAAGAGCUCGCCAUUGUUUGGGUCCGUUAAGGAGGUUGUCAUCCGGUUUGGUGGUACCGCUCCUUUGCUGCCACGCUAUAAAAAGAAGGAUCUGAUGGUUAAAGAAUUGGAGACACUUGAUGCCCUGGAUGGAAGAACUGGGAACGACAAUAAGGAUUGUGGAAGAAUUGAAGCAAUAGCUGCGGAAGGAAGCAUUGAAAUGUCAAAUGCAUGGCAUACGGAUAAGCAAUUCUCGAUCUCAAUCCACCCUGCCAUCUAAGAAAUGAACAAGGAACAUUAUGAACAAGUAGCAGGGAGUUCCAGUUCGUGCCCUGCUUCUUCCCUUUGAUUUAAUUAUGUCUUUUCAGUUGAGUGAACACAAAGUAGUAGGUACCCCUGCUCCUCAGUCUUGUUUUCCUUUGACAGGUAGAUAAUAGAGCUGGCCUUUUACC